UUGUAAUCGGUCCACCGGCUCAAGGAGGUUAGAUUGAGUAAAAGUGAAAAGAGGUCCACACAAGUGCUUGACAUCUCGAAGUUAACCCACACAAUUGUUUGUUUGUCACCUACAUGGCUGGACCAAGGAGGUGGAAAGAAGAGUCGUCAACUCAAGUCAACAGAUAAUGGAGGAAAAGGAGGCACUUAGCUCUCUACCUCUUACACCAGCUAUCCCUGUCAAUGACAUCGCUACUCCAUCAGACCAAGCCUUCCUGCAGGCGGCGGCCAUCUUCCAACAUGUACUUGCAGAGAAACCGAUUAGGCAUCAGUAUGUGCAUUAUGAAAAGAAGACGGACAUAGCGUCACUGCCGGAGAGCGGGGACAAAACAACUGCGCAACAAGCCUUGCAGCUGGUGUUUAGCACCCUCAAAUACCAAGAUUUACUAGAAGAAAUGAUGAUGGACAGUCGCUUCCACACGUCACAGCAUAUUCCCAGCGAUCUACUGCCACUUGCAAUGGUGAUGCUGUGCAACUUCCGGGAUCGAAGCUUUAUGCCGCGCGAGGGUUCAACAAAUGGGGAGGAGCCCCAGCAAGAAGUGAGAGACCUAGAGUGCAGGCUACGCAAGUGUAAAACCAAGUUGGCCGCCUCUCUAGCCCGCUGCAGGGUCAAACAUGGCCUGCGCAGUGCUUCCGGCUUCCUGCCACAGCCUGUGAGGAGCAAACAACAGCAAGCGAGACGUAUUCCUUGUUAUGCAUGGGUCAGCACUUACAAAACCAGUGUGGAGGAAGUUUGUGAGAAGUUGCGGCUCAGCGGAAUGUCUGAGGUGGACCACAUUGAAGAAGUCUCUGAAUCAACGUUCAGCAGAGACCCCUUUUGUGAGGACACACUUGUCCUACCCCAAAAUUUGCUCACCUCUCUGCAUCUCAACCACCUCAUUGCUGAUCACAUGCUUAACGUGCAGGACAGAAGCACGUGCUUAGCAGCAAGCGCACUUCGGCCCCUCUUACCGGACAAGGCUGACGUCUUGGUGGCAGGAUCCUUCUCAGCUCUAACUGUGGCCCAUGUGGCCACCAUGGCAGUUGCAAGUUCCAGCAAUGUGCUGGUGUGUAGCGCUGACCACACUGCAUCACAGCUUAAUGACCUACAGGAGCUACUAAAACAAAUGGAUGUGAAAAAUGUGCGCCUCCUGCCUGACGCGUUUUUCAGUCUGAAUGAGUGGGAUUUCAGCAUUGAGCACUUAAAGGUCAUCAUGGUGUUUCCUCAGUGCUCAUUGUCCGCUCUCUGUGAUCCUGUGGAUACCAUCUUUAAUGAACAUGGAGACUGGAAUCUUCUACAGGACCUGUCACGUGGUUCUGUGUCCCAGAGCAAAAUAAAGAAACUUACGAUUCAGCAAGCUAAACUACUGGCCCACGCCUUAACCUUCCCACAGGUUCAGAACAUUCUUUACUGCACACGUUCAGUGUAUAGCGAGGAAAAUGAGAAGCUGGUGAAUAGUGUGUUGGAAAAAAUACGCACACCCUCCAAACUGCUGCCAUUCAGGGUGAAUGAACCCAUUUUCCCUGAAGACAGUCAGUCAGGAGACAUGACAUCCAACAAGUACUUCAGGCUGGAACCCUCUCCGCUCACAAAUGGAUGCUUUUUGGCCUGUUUGUGUCGACAGGCGGAUCCAACCAAGGUGGAAACAGUUCAGGAAGUGUUGGCGAGAGCAGCAGCCAAAGGCCUACUGGACAGACUCUUCCCUGGACAAGAGAAGGUAAAGAAGAAGAAAAGCAAAACGAAUCCAAUGGGAAAUUUGGACCAGGAUGAAGACAAAGUUGAAGGACAGGGGAAAAAGGAGGGAACAGAGGGAGGACGCAAGAAAGGGCUCAAGAAAAGACUUAAGCGUAAGAUCAAGCCGAACCACAUCAAGGUGGUCCCUAAGCAAUAUUCAGCGGGUCACAAGAAGAGAAAGAAGAAAGCAACAAAACAGACGCAUCGCAAGAGGCGGAUCAUCAAGCGCAAAACAAGAAAGUUCCCUCGUCUGACACUUGCGCUGAUAUCUUCUUCCAAACCUUACCAACAUAUCUUCCCGGCAGCAACCAAGCAGGAAUCACCCACGUCUUCUCCGAAAAAAGACCCCAACCCUGCCAGAAAAAUGGGACAACACACACAAGCCAAGAAGGCAACCAAAUCACUAACCGGUCAAGCAGAAGGUCCAGUGAGGAGCUACAUGGAGGAAAUGGCCAACAUAAGAGCUUCGACGUCGCAAGUUUUGACCUCGCCACUGACUUACAGCAUUCUGAACAGCGAGAGUGAGACAUACCUCAUGCAUGCAUCAGUCUCGACAAAUUCGGCAUCCAAGCAUGCUUACAGGUGUACUUCAUCAUCAACCAUGUCAAGUUUAAACUCCAUUUAAUUCUUAACAACUUAAAGUUUAUAAACAUAAGGAAAUUAUUAAUUGGCAAAACUACAAGUCUGAUAGCUUAGUGCUAAUCCACAGUGCAAUACAUUACAUCACGACUAGCAAAUCGUGAUGGCACUGUAGGUUUAAAUGUAUACAGACAGUAGAACAACAUUGUUGUCACAGAUUACUUGGAAAAAGUAAUUUAAUUACUGAUUACAGAUUACGCUUAAAAAGCAAUCUAGUUAUUUUGCUGAUAACUUAGUUACUUUGAUAAUAAAGUAACUUUCAAAGUAAUAUAUUGGAUACUUCUUACCAUUUUUUCUCCCUUUGCUGCCUCAACAUAGGAAUGACAACAGAAAAAUGUCAUCGCAUGACAUUGACGUUCCGAUAAGUGAAUUUAAAGGGGAAGAUCAGAAUUUUUCACAUAAGGCUUAAUCUAAGUUAGCAGAGGUUUAAUUAGUCGAUGGAGUCGAUUUCAACCACCAUUGACUUGCGCUAGUUUAGCCUUUCAGGAGCCCUGAAACUAACAAAUAACUGACAGACUGCAUGAAUUUGUUCAAAUCAACCCCACCGACUAAUUAAACCCCCGCUGACUCGAAGAUUAAGCCUAAUGUCAAAAAUUUUGAACUUCGGGUUAGUCUUAACAGCAUAUCAGUGCCAAUGUAAAACAAUGCAAAUUGACUGCACAAUAAUCAACAACACACAAAUGAAUUGUGCAAUAAACAGUGCAAUAAACACAAAGGUGGGGGCAGGCAUGAAUGCGCACGCACAACCCGGAAAUACGCCGUACACACACGCGGUCAAUUUGGCCACAAAACGUGGCAGAAACUAAACACUUUACAUUCAAUCGGACUUACAACACAUUCCAAAGAUGCUAAAUGAAUAUGUCACCUGACGGCAUAAAUGUGCAACACGAAUCUGAUUUAAACAAUGCUUAACGACUUGGAGCGAUGACUACCCGCUGUUUCAAUGGCAAAGCUACGAAAUGGCCGUGUAUGUAGCGGCUCCAACCUAUCGCUGGAACCCUCCGGAAUGAAGGAAAAAUACUCAUAUUCAUUCAUGGGCGCACACAGAUCAACAUUCCCUCGCACAUAUCCACAGAUGUCUGCACUCGGUUCGAAUGUGCACCCACGUUCGUCACGCCUUUCUCAGUCCCAUAACCCUAACUCGAGACCAAAACAGGAAACGGUUACCACAGAAAACGAAUGCGUAGUGAGAACCUUUCUAACAUUUUCUAUUCAAAAUGCUCUUCGUACAUAACUACAAUAUUCUUCAUUCUACAUACAUUAUGAGGCAAUUACAAAAUAGCAACGUACAUACACUAAGGAAACUAACUUUAAUCAGAUUACUGGUUUGGAAAAAUGAAUGCGUUAGAUUGCUCGUUACUGAAAAAAAGUAAUCAGAUUACAAUACCUCGUUACUUAGUAACGCGUUACUGACAACACUGUAUAACACCCACUGGCAUAUAGUCUUUAUCCUAUGUGAAAAAUAGAAAACAGUUUAGUCAUUGGAUAAAACUCUUCUUCCUGGUUGUAUCUUUGUAAAUACUGCCGCCAUGUGGCCAGGGUUUACACACCAGAAGGAGCACAAUCUAAACCUAUACUUACCGCAUACUGUAUAUAAAUGGAACUCUGUCUGUGUGUUUGUUCCCAAUGGACUCCGAAACAGCUCGACCGAUUUUCAUGAAAUUUGUACCAUAAGCGUUUGGGAGAGUUCAUAGAUGGGCUUGAUCUCUGCAGGCCUCCGUUUAGAAAAUUCAUUCGAAACUCCCCAAAAAUUGCAUAGAAAAUCCCUGAUUGUGGAGGCGA